UUUGCAGCACUGGGGCGAUUCACGGCGGAGUUAGAGGAAGUUACUGGGAGCAGCGGCGCUACUAUGUAACCUAACGCGAGUCGGACGGCAGAGACGCGGGAGAGAAGAGGGCAGCAGCAUUCAUGGAUAUUGUGGAGACCUUAAACCAUCUAAUACCCAGUGACCAGUUGGACGACUCCCUGGCUGUGGGUCAGAACUCGGAGUGUGAGGCCAGUAAUGAGUUAGGGUCUGGACUCCAGCUGGACGAUUCACUGAAGAACAUGCUCAGUGACAAGGAUCCCAUGUUCGGAUGUGCCAGCUCCCAGUUCAAUCUGCUGGACAACGAGGAGUCUGCUUUUCCGGCUGCCACUUCCACAGGUCCUGAUGAUGGUUCAGCACCCACAGGUCUCAGCAGUGAAAUGACAGUUGAAGAGACCACACCAGUGAAGCGUCCUGUUGGCAGGCCGAAGAAACGUCCACAUCAUUCAGUUCAAGAAAAUAGUGAUGGCCCACAACCCGCUAACACAUCCAGCAACAUCAUCACCCGAGGACGACCUGAAAGGAAACCAGCCAACAGGCUAGAAAAGCCGUGUCUCAUUGAGAAACAAAUUAAAGGCACAGAACUAAAGAAAGAAUUGACUGAAGGAGGACGCAUCGACGUAAAUAGUCUUGAAGGAAGACGAUGGCUGAAUCCAACGGUUGUACUGAGACGGUUGACAGUCACAAUUGGAGGAUUCAAGAUUGAGUUGCUCCCAGGACCCUCUUAUACACAAGACGUUGAUACAAGCCAGGCUGUUUGCCUUGAGGGGGAUAUGUUGCCCGUUGUGGACAAAGGUUUGACCGUGUUGCCGGUUGAUGCCGUCAAUGUACAGAAUCCCACAGCUGAGGGUGUGGCAGAGGUGGAUGUGAGUGAGAAGAGCACUGCUGAUGAUGUAGUCCACGGGCUGGGCCCCUAUGUGAAUCCCAAUGAUGUGCAGACCUCCAAUGGGACAAUAAAAGGGAACCCGUCCGCGCCAGAGACAAAGCUUGACAAUCAGAGUAUUCCUGAAGAGCAAAAGCCAUUGAGUAAUGAAAAAGAAGAUAUUAAUGAGCCACAGUGCAACGAGAACGACAUAACUACUGUUAGUAAGACUGAUGUUAAAGAAAAGGAACUGGAUGUGGUGAAAAAUCCACUUAAAUCUAAAGAAGGACCGACUCCUACCAAGAAUAAGGACUUGGUUUCAUGUAAACCAAAAACCGUGAUAACAGAGCAUAAAGUAUCACAAAAUCCAUUGCCAUCGAAGAUCAUCCCACGAGGUGACCUGCACAAAAAUAAACCUCUGAAAGACAAGAAAGAAGUUGCGCCUUUGAAAAGGCCUGCAGAAAACGCCCAAAGUGAGCAGGCUUCUAAAGUUCAAAAGACACAAAGCACAGGAGACACUAAAGUGAAGCCAAAACUACCAAUUCCCUCUAGCUCAGCAUUAAAGAAGAGUCCAUCGUCUGGCAACCGUGCUGUUGAUCAGCAGCCACCGAGCAAACAAAUGCCCGCUCCGACUAAGUCUAAAGUUGAGGCUGCUCAGCCAGUGCACAGUCGUCCAGGCCAGAUGUUAAAAAUGCCUGAAGAGGGAGGACAGGAAAAGCCCAAACUGAAAAAGCCAGAAAAGAUCCUUCAGAGACAGAAAAGUAAAAGUUCAAGAAGCACGUCUGUGGAGGAGCCGCAGCUCUUCAUCCCAGAUAACGCUCCUGUCGCGAAGAAGGAAGCGGCCGAGGAGCAGCCUGCGAACAGUGACACCGUGUGGGAUGGAAACAACUGCUGUGGCCUGUGUAAAACACACCACAAUAACACGUUCAUGGUGGGCUGCGGCCGCUGCGAGGACUGGUUCCACGGUGACUGCGUCGGUCUCGACCUGACAAAAGUACGUGAAAUGGAGGAGGAGGACGAGAUGUAUGUUUGCCUGAAGUGCUGUGACGAAGAGAGCAGGAAGGUGGAGCCUGAGCCCCUGAGCGCACCCAAACCAGAAGUUCCAGCAAAGGCCGAGGCCCAGGUCCAGAAGCUGCCUCCCAAACCAAAACCAGAACCAGGAUCCUCCCAGAGCCUCACAUCAGGGGGAGUCAGACCGGUAAGAAAGGAUUCUGACAGAAGGCCGUCUGCAGAUGCCAGAGAUGGAGCUUAUAAAACAGAUUCCCCUCACCUGCUCCCCACAUCUUUUUAUUCUGUCGUCACAGGCGUUUCGCUGAAACAAGAGGCAAGGAGCAAAACUUCGGCUUCAAAGAAACCCGUGUCCGUGGAGGCCAUCAGGCGGAGUGUGCGUGAUUCUCUGAAAGAAAUCCUUACUCAGAGGUUGAAGGAGUCCGAUCUGAGCAUCUCAGUGGAGCGGGCUGUUGAAGUCGCCAAGAAGACAGAGAGAGAGCUUUUUCACUUGAAUAAAGAUACUGACAACAAAUACAAGAACAAGUACAGAAGCUUAAUGUUUAACCUCAAAGAUACUAAAAACAAUGUCCUCUUUAAGAGAGUCCUCAAAGGGGAAAUUUCACCCAGUAACCUAAUUCGAAUGAGUCCCGAGGAACUGGCCUCGAAAGAAUUGGCUGCUUGGCGACAAAGGGAGAACCGACAUACAAUUGAGAUGAUUGAAAAAGAUCAAAGAGAGGCAGAGAGACGACCCAUCACCAAGAUCACACACAAGGGCGAAAUUGAAAUCGAAAGUCAAGAACCGCAAAAAACGCCUGAGCCUGAAGAGAUGGAGUCUUCCCCCAAAUCAACUGAAGUCUCGACAGACCCCCCAAAACCACCUGAGGACAAGGCGGAGAACAUCAAGACUGAUAAAGACACUACAGGCCAACACAAGUCUCAUUUGUUUGACCUACACUGCAAAAUCUGUACAGGUCGCAUGGCCCCCCCUGUGGAUGAGGCCCCUACCAAAGUGGUCAAGGUCGCCACCACCGUUGUCAGGAGGCAGUCCAGCAAAUCAGAGGAGACAAAAAGCCCAGCAGGACCUGGCCUCGAAGACGACCUGCACCUCACAGCUUUAGAGGAGAGCUUCAGAAGCACUCGGCCAGGCUAUGAACCCAGGUCGGAUCAUAUAGCUGGAAGAGAUGAAGAGACCCUGUUCCUCUCCAGCCUGCAGUCCCUGUGGCGAGGAUUCAUUCACAUGCACUCUGUGGCAAAGCUCGUGACCAAAGCUUUCCCUGUCUCGGGGAAUCUGGAUAAUGCGACCGAGGACCUGCCAGACAGCAUCCAAGUUGGCGGGAGGAUAAGUCCACAGAUGGUGUGGGACUAUUUGGACAAGAUUCGGGCAAGUGGAACAAAAGAGGUGUGCCUGAUUCGCUUCUCCCCCGAGUCGGAUGAAGAUGAGAUCUCCUACACUCUCUUGUUUGCCUACUUCAGCAGUCGGAGGCGUUUCGGGGUGGUGUCUAACAACCGGAAACAAGUGAAGGACAUGUACAUCAUUCCCUUGGGUGCCGCUGAGAAAGUUCCACAUCAGCUUGUUCCGUUUGAUGGGCCAGGUUUAGAAAACAACCGGCCCAACCUUCUUCUCGGACUCAUAAUUCGCCAGAGAUCAAAAAGGGACUUUCUUCCCGUGGACGUGAAUGAAACCGGGAGGAGUAUGCCUGAAAUCAAACCCGUCACCGUUUCCGCUCAAGAAACCAGGACAAUAGUGGAGGAUGAGAAAUUGUUUCUCUCUUCAUUGACGGCAGUGCAUAAAAAGGAGAUGGACAAACCACUUAGCACCACCGAGGCUGUUGAUGAGCCUGUUAAAGAGGCUCUUGAAGAACCAUCGGCAUCAGAGGAGCCCAACAAUCAGGAGCCACAAAGACCCCUGCGCUUUCUUCCAGGUGUGCUGCUGGGCUGGGGCGGGGAAUUGCCACCGCUGCCAGAUUUUGGAGGAAAACCUGAACCGGCAGCAGACGACACCCCUAAGAGCCAAGCACCUUCAAAAACAGAGGCGUCGGCCGGGAACUCCAAAAGUCCAACAGUCGCUGCCCAACGAGAGCGCUUUGUCAUCAAGAAGAAAGAACCUAAAGCUGCUAAAGCUGAGCCAGAGCUCUCCAGCCCGACCGAUACAUCUACUGCUAACAACUCGUCAGGAAGAGAUGCUGCAGUGGUGACCCACGCUGCGCCUAUCUCUCUGAAAGAGAAGCCUACAGAUGUACCGACAGAAGCGUUCCUGGCAAGCCUAUCAUCGGCUCCAAGCGGGACUGAAACUAGCAGCGCUGCCUCGGCAAACAAAGGCGAUGCCGGCCUUUUGUCUGAAACCGUAAAAGGGGCGACUGAGGGGAAUUCUUUCUUGCAAUCGAAAUCCCAAACUGCAACCGAUCACUCAAAUAGCUCAAAGCCUCCUUUAAGUGGAAUAUUGAAGAAGUCCUCAGCUUAUUCCAGUGUAACUGAAGAUAAAACAACGGUGCUACAAAAGGAUAAAGUCAGCCAGCCAGCGACUGCAAGUCCUAAACCUGUUCCUGUGCCGAGCAGCGCUAAGAGGGAUCCACUCACAACAUUUCACCAAGGGUAUUUACAGCUUUCACAGGCCAAGAGCAAGCCUGAGGAACAAAAGCAAUCUGCGGUUCAAUCAUGCUCCCUUAAAAAGGAAGAUCCUGCCAUGUCCCAGAGUGGUGCUGCUGUAACACCAACAGUAUACCCUCCUUCAGUACAGGGACCACCUAGAGUACAGGGAUCCCCUGCAGCACAGGGACCACCAGCAGCACCAGCACCUCUCCCACUUCAACAGCCUCAGGUACCUGGCAGCUACGCCUACCCGAGUGGCCCUCCUGAUAACACGCUCUCGGCACCAAACACCCUGGAUCAGAAUCACAGUACGACAUGCGAUCAGGACAGCACCUCACAUGAUCCUGGACCUCAGUCACAGUACACUGAGAGCUCCUCUCAGCUAUCUGAGCAACCUCCAUCCCUGGCCAAAGACAACAAGCGUCCAGAGGAGCGAUACAGUGACCCUUGGGCGAGGCCGCGGACCACAGAGGACAGAGACCACCACGGGCGGCACAGCCACCACAGGGACGCCCAUCACGGGAAAAAGAGCCGACACCAAGACCGGGAUCGGGAGAAAAAGUCAGAUCGCAGCUCGGACGACAAGUACAGGGAGAGGAGCCGGCACCACGGCCACUCAGAGGACCGCUACGCUGAGAAGAGGAAAGAGAGGCACCACAGCGACGACUACAGCAGCCGCCACAAGGACAGACACAGACACAGACGGGACUCUGAUUAUGAGAACGGACGGAGAAGUUCAAAAGACAGUUACUCGUAAUUAUUAUUUUUAUUUUAGAGCAGCACAGAGCUAGAAAGACUGUCACAGCUUGUUUGUUUUAUCCACCGGCCUGCGGCUUAUAAGCCACUUUCUUCAUAGAAGUUCCAUUUUGCAUUAUACAGCCAAAAUGACCAAUCAUUUAGUCUUCAGACCAAGAAGAACUCAACGGAACAUUUUUUCAAAUUUUUAACCUUUUACUGUUCAUGUAUUAGUCACAAUAAGCUGCUGUACUGACUACAGGCGACCGGUUCAUGUUGUCAUGGUCGUGGUCACAUACAACACGUGUGUGUGUGUAUGUGGACCAUUUGGUGAGAAGUUUAAGUUGAGCUUAUUGAAUGAAUGUAACAGAAAACAUUUCACUAAGGAUUGGCUCUAAACAGCAGCUUUGCUUUUUUUUCAACCUCAUUUAUUUGAAAUUGCUUAAAUAUUUUAUAUACUUACUUUCUAUCGAAAAAAGUAUGUACAUUUUGGCUUGUAUAAAUUAGAGAUGAAGUGUGCCUUUGCACCGUGUGUUUAUGUACAGUUCGUAAUAAAGCUAAUCCCUUUUUUAUUGUU